AUGCCGCCAGCAAGCGUGCCCAGCUGGGCUGUUACUUCAUCCUCCACAGCCCUGUUCGGUGGAGGCGGCGGCGCUUCCAAGUCGAAUGGUCGCGCAGCAGCGGAUGCCAAACUUGCAUCCUCCAAGGACCAAGCUGGCUCGUCAUCCACACUUCCUCAACAACCACCUCAGUUCCCAUCAUCGGCAACAUCAGUACCAGCAGGGGCUGCAGACGAGCACGAGAAGCCCUACAAACCCAAACGAAAGCAGAGAUCCAACACCUACUGCCCGCCACUCACCACGGUCGCCUCUUCAUCACGAGUUCCAUACUCUAUACCCUUUGUUGACGGGUCGAGCGCAAACGGGGCACUGUUCCAGCUUAUUGCAGUUCAAGCGAAGCGAGCAGGCUUUGACGCAACCACCGCUUCGGCGCUGCACGAGGUCAGCCAGCUCACGAAAAAGUUUCUUACUUCCGUCUUUUCAGCGGCAACACACGCGGCUGAAUUGUCGUGCCGAGAUCAGCCUUCUGCGAGGGAUUUGAUCUACGCGCUCGAGACGCAUGGUCAGUCUAUUCGAGAGCUGCGCGACUUCUCUCGUCAGCAAUCUAGCAGUGGCGCCGAGCAGGAGGCAAGGGCCAAGGUGAAGGAGCGUGCUACUGCGCCAACGACGUAUACGGUGACAAGGAAUAGGACACGAACGGAUGCAGCAUCCGAGAAGGACGAGCAGGAUGACUGGAAGCAAGGCAGCGACGCUUUCUUGCCCUCGGACUCGGAUGACGGGUCUGAGCUGGACACGUGGUCUGCCAGCAGCGACUCGGACGACGAGCACGGCAAUCGUCGUGCCGCUGUCCACGCUCGUGUCAUGAAACGCAAGCACGAUCUGGCACGAGCCCUCGCAAAAAAGGAACGUCGACAGGCCAAGCUGCGUCAACCCAGCCAGAACGAACAGGGUCAGCUCGCAUCCUCCUCCGCAUCUUCAUCGGCGAGGGAUCUACGGGCGCUCACCUCGGGCGAGCAAGCAUGGCGACGAGUGGCCGACCACAUUGUACCGCGCCACUUGCCUGGCAUGCCACCCAGGCACGCAUGGAUGCAGACACCGGCGUUCCCCACCAAUGCCUACAGCUCCUCGCUUGGUGGCGUGGGCGACCAAGACGAGGAGGCGAGCAAAGGAAGAAAGGACCCGCUCGUGUUGGUGAACCGCAAGCUGGCCAAUGCGAGGCUGGUCGAGGCUUCGCUGAGGAGGUUGAUUCAGAACACGGAUGGUGCUGCUGCGGUGGCGUAUGCUGCUUCUUCGACGCGGAAUAGUGGGAACGUGGCGAGUGCAGACCUGUCGACAUCGAUGGCAGAGAAGGAAACGGCUGCAGCUGCAACUGGGGCUUCUGCUGCUAGUGGAGGAUUUGCGGUUCCCAAGACGCCCGCGAGUGGCGGCCCAGGUGGACUGACGCUGCGACUCAACCGCAAGGUUUCAGUGUCAAGUUCAGGGCUCAACUCACCUUCGACGACGCCUUCGACGCCAGUUGGCAGCCGGCGACUCUCCAACGCUGCAUUUUCUGCUGGCGGCGGAGGAGCAGCCAGCGCUAGUGGGAUGCCGGGCACACCACUGGGGGUGGGCAUGUCGAUGGGGUGGGGAGGCGAGCCACUCAUGUCGCCGCUCACGCCUGCCUCGGCUGUUGGUGGAGGACCACCAAUGGCGCCGUACCCGCCUACGCCGGGUGGGGUGUAUGGGCACUACUUUGGAACGCAAUCCAAUGCGAGCAGUGGCGCAGGGGUUCGGUCACGGUCUCAAUCCUUCGCUGCAGCACUUGCAGAUACGUCUGCAGGCGACAGUGGAGCGAACGAGCAGCUGGGUGUGAGGGUGCCGGGCCCGAUCAACUACAAGAACGUGUGGUAUGCGCCUGGAAGCACUAUUGCUAGUGGCGGGUUGGCGGGUGCAGGCGCUUCCGCGGCAAAGUCGGCUAGUGGUGCCAGCAGCAAUCAUCCUCGGUCGGUUAAGAGGAUGCGCAAGUGGAAAGUAUAG